AUUUGGCGCAAGAACGGCCUCACGCUGCACCUGCACACCAAGUUUUACACGACGAAACUCGCCUUGUACCUCUGGCGGUACUUUACGAUGCUGCACCGGGACAUGCGCCGGCGGCAGUACGUGUGUCUGCAUGGCAUGCUGCUGCGUCAUCGACGAAAGGAGACGUUGACCGAUGGUGUCGAGAACGACGUCGUGCCGCUCACCCGCAUCAUGGACUCGCCGAUGGGCCACAAAAUCAAGCACAAGACGCGUCUCCACGACCUCUGCAUUACCACGUACAUCAAAUACCGCAAGAAGGACCGGCUCAACACCCUCGCCAAGGCGCUCGUCUUUCAGCGCAUUGGCCCGAUCGUCUUUCGCAUCCUCUGGCUCUACAAGGAGAAGAAGAAGCGCAGCCGCCUCGUCUCCAUGUUUGGCGUCUUCAACGUCGUACGCCACCGCUUCCUCUGCUGGCUCCGCUUUGCCAUGAUCAAGAAACAACACGUCGGAUUGUCGAGGUUCCCAUUGGUGCUGCCAGACGAGCCGUCGUCACGGACCGUCGGACGCGCGCUGCAGUGGCGUCAAGACAAGGAGUGGCGCGACCAAGGGCUACAGGAAGCCGCGUGUGAAGCCAUGGCCCUCCGCGACGCCAUCGAGGCGCUCCGUGUAGCGAGAGAAGCGAGCCAUGCUCGGUUCCUCCGCCGCGAAGACGAGAUCCGCGACAUCAAGGUCGCCGAACAAGGCAUCCAGGACGACGAGCAAGGCAAGACGCUCCAAAUGACGUCGCAGCUGCACCACUACGCCAACCAAAUCAUCCAUACACGCGUGCGCAAGUUGUACGAAGUCAUUUGCCGCGCGUUCGACAUCUUUGAAGACCAAGCGCGCGAGCACCUUCUCAAGUCGACGUUCCGCGCGCUUCGGUUGCCCGCGAUGUCAAAGAAGAUGACACUGCUCUGUCACCGGUGCCAAUUGCGCAACUGGAUCCGAUUGGCCAAGCGGUUUGGGUACUGGCUGCACAACAUGCCGCGCUACCAUCGGCUCAAGCAUUUGCACUACAUGUGGCAGCGUUGGGCCAAGUUCAUCCAGGGCCGACAGCUCUUCGAGUCGCCGGGGCUCGCGGCGACCAUGCGGCGGCGGCGGGUGCUUGUCUCCAAGUUUGAGCAGCAUUUGCUCCAGGAAGACUUUAUGAUGCUCCCGACGGUCCUCGACCAAAAGCUCGCGUUCAACUCGUUCCGCGCAGUCUUCAUGCGCUGGGUCGAGUGGACGCAGCUCCACAUUGGGUUCACGUCGCUUUUAUCCAAUUUUCGAAAGCGGAUGGACGUACGGCUCAUGGGCCACGUCUUUCUCUCGUGGAAGCACCACUUGCGCCAAACCUACGUCGUCUUGCCAGCGUCGUGGCGCGAAGCUCGGUAUGCGGCCGACGUCGAGCGACUUCGCUCGUCGCUCUGGGCGCUCCGAAAGCACCUCGUGUCGUGGCGCGUGCGCAAGGUGCUCCGCGCAUGCGACCACAUUCUCAAAGUCAGCGUGUGCAGCAACCCGACGCUCAAAAAUCUAUUUGCCGCGCACACAAAAGAGGUGCUGCGCCGCCUCGCGCUCGAGAAUCGCCUCAUGUUUGUCGCGUACAACGAGCGCAAGCUGCACCAUUACGAGGAACGCACGACACCCAUGUAUGGCGGCACCAAAGGCAUCAAGUUUGAGUACGACAGCGCGAUCUCGUUCGGCCACAUUCGCCAAGUCAUCGUGGUCUGCGGCAAAAGCAUCGAUGGGCUCGCGACUGUCGUCAAGUCGUUUUCCGAGACCGUGGAGAGCCGCCUGUAUGGCAACCCGUUCGGCACGCGAUCGGUGUUUCAGCUCGCGCCGCACGAGCUCCUCGUCAAGGUCGAAGGGUUCGCGUCGCAGUCGACACUGCUGGGCCUCCGCCUUGGCACGAGCUACGAUCGGUACUCGAAGUGGUAUGGCCGCGCCGACAUCGGCGUCUACUUUUGCCUCGAGGCCGCGCCGGACGAAGAGGUCAUUGGCUUCCACGGCUACGCUGCGAAAGACUCGGUGCACGGCAUCGGCGCCGUCUUUCGUCGGACCACCGAGCGCAACAUCUUUGAAGGUCUCUGGGCCCACGCCAAGGUGUCGGCCGACGACGCUAGCAUCAGUCAAUGCGACCGGCAGUUUUCGCAUUUUUUACAAAUGCGAUCGUGCGACAUUUACGCGGCCAUGGAGCGGGCCCAUCGGCUGGCGCUGCGCAUGUGGCGGUCCGAGUCGACGGACCAGGCGGUGAAUCGCCUGCGCAUCGUCAUGGGCAUUUGCCACUGGUUUUUCAACGCGCUCACGCACGGUCUGGUCAAGCUCAGCGCAAACGAAGACGAAGGACAUCGCAUUCUCCAGGAAGGCAUCAACAUCCGCGCGACGGGCGAGCGGCUCGUCGCCGAGGGCGAAAAGAUCCUCGAGUCAGUGUCACGCUACCGCGAAGGCCGGAAACAGCAGCUCAACGUUGCCGUGCUCGGCUUCAAGAAGAUCCAGGAGCUGCGCCAAAACAUCGAGCUCGGCGAGGCGACGAUCAAGCGGGGCAAAGUUCAAAUCGCCGACGGCAACAGCGUCAUCUUGGCGGGCCGCCAGCUGUUGCCCAAGAUCCCGCUCACCGAUCGCAUGGUCAAGAACGUCCGCGAGCUCUACCGCAUCGUGCUCACAAAGGACUCGAUGGACUCGAUGAGCGACGGCAUUCGAAAGCUGCUCCUCCAAGACAAGGACCCGGACACAUCGUUCAUCGACAUGAAGGACGUGGCCGAGGCGCGCGCCAACGCUGCCUUUGAUAUGGGCCAAGCCCGCGCCGAAGUUGUCUCGUCCAACCUCCGCGAGCGGCUCAAGGUCUCUCCCUAACGAGACAAAGACAGGAUUCAAAGCACUCGCACGAUUGCUGCGUGCGUGGUUCUCCCUCGCGUAGGCUCCAACGAUCGACCAAGCAGAUCCAAUCCAGUUGCCAUCGACGAGAGACUAUAUAGUGGA